UGAUUGUUGUUCGAUCUCGACUUCAAACUAUCUAAAUCAAUGUACCUUUAAGGGCUACAAGCGAGCUUUAUUUGUAUAGACCACUCAUAUCAACGGAAAUCGCUUAGAAUCUCGUGCCACCGUCUCCUCACCGAGUGUUCUCCCGGACCCAAUUUGGUCUGUAUCCACAAAGAGGCACUCGUGUCUCGCACUCUUCUCCCACACACGCGUACAAGCACGACAUUUGUUGGUUAACGACAACGAAGAAGUUAUAUAGUGACUUUGCGGUUGCUCGUCGGUUCGCUCUCGCAUUCCCAGGGAGUCCUCCAUGAUAGAUAGUCUAUUUCCACGGUAGGAAACCAAGAAUGCCUUUAUAUGCGGACGGAUGGGAGCUGCUUCAUCCUCAUACUAAAAAUGAGUAGCAGCUCCAUGACUUUGGACCUCACGGUCGGCGCCAUUAUCGUCAGCUCUUUCUUUUCAUUCUUAACUAUGGGUAUCGUUUGCGUCACGGCCUUCUAUUACGUGGUCAACUUCCCGAACGACGCACUACCCAUUAAGCUGAUUGUCUUGGCUAACGUUAUCCUUUGUAUCGCUGGAACGAUCACUGAUGGGGUGUGGUGUUAUGAUUGGGCGGUGACAAACUAUGGAAAUCCUGCCUCAAUGGCCAUCCUACCGAUUCCCGCCAUCAUUGAGAUAUUCUUCGUUGGGUUCACAUCCCUACUUGUGCAGUGUUUCUACUCGUGGAGGCUAUGGGUGAUCACGCAUAAGCGCAACCAUUGGCUUUCUGUAGCCAUCUGCAUCCUAUCAGUCACCCAAAUGUCUGUGAUUAUCUGGGUUGUCUCCUACUGGGCAAACCAUCGGCUAAUGGCUGAUAUCGGGGGAGUCAUGCCUGUUGCCUACAUUUGGUUGGCCAGUUCCAUAGCUGCCGAUUUGCUCAUUACGGUAGGGAUGAGCUGGUAUCUGAAGUGGAAGCUUCCUCCAAGCAUAUUCUCCUCCACGUUCAAUCAAAUCAUAUCCCGAACAGUUCAAGCUAACGUACUCUCUCUCAUCAGCCAAGUCCUGACUUUUGCAUUCUAUAAAGCCGACAUUGGUCUUUAUUUCUUCCUCGUUGACUUUACAAUUGUCAAGGUGUACACAUUUUCGCUUCUUUGUUCAUUAAACGGUCGCGACAGAAAUACUCCCGUACAAACUCGGCCCAGGGCCGAUUCGGAAGUUCUGACCCUCGGAAUUAUGGCUGCAGGUACUACAAGCAGGUCGUCCCCUACUAUGCAUUGGCCGGUCAAGAAGGAUGAUUCAAGUGUGGGAGAAUGCUGAUAAGAGUUAUAUGCGGACGAAUUUUGCGAGUCGCUUGUCAUGAGUAUAGCUGAUGAGACCAGCACCAUGACGAGGAUUUUUCCAUGCCAUAAAUUUUAAUUUCUCAUGUACCAAAAUAUCACAUUGUAACAUAAGGUAAACAUCGGGGCGGGAGCACAGAAAAUAAAGCAUUACACAAUUAUGUACACUUGAAUGUUCAGCAAA